CGCUUCUUGACCAGAACUGCCAUCCCGCAUCUCGUGGCGAAUGUUGAGGCUCACAUUUUUGCGUUGGCUUCUCAGUCCUCUGUUCGACCGAAUUCGUCGGUUGUUCGUCCCAUACUUACUUCGCAGGGGAGAAUCGCGCUAUCCGAGGCUUUCACUCAGCGUUCAUCGCCUCACUGCAGGGACCGUGCUGAAGCGCCGGAAAGCGUACAGGCUUCGACCCGAGGCCGAUGCAAUGCAAUUUCUCAGCCGACAAAGAUUGUCCAUCCCAAUUCCCGUUCCUCGUUUCAUUGACUACUGGGAAACUGACGAAGAGGGCUACCUAGUCAUGGAGUACAUCGAGGGCGAACGGCUUCUGCGCGUUUGGAGGAAUCUGUCGAGCGAACAGCACGCGCAUGUCAUGUGCACCGUAGCCGGCUACGUGGAAGCCUUGCGAGCUAUCCCGCAACCUCUUUCGCCAUCCCUCCCGUCCGCUGGAUGGAUUGGUUCCGCUUCUGGCGGUCCCUUCACAGAUCUUGCGGUCACCUGGUCUCAGGUUGCCCUAGGUCCAUUCCCUAGUCAGGCAUCGUUCAACGACUGGCACAUAUCGCUGUUCGACAUCUUCGCACGGGAGUCCGCCAAGACGGCCGCCCGCGUCGCAGAGAAGAGGCGCGAGAUGCGUGACGAUCACCCUAUCGUCUUCACGCACGGCGACAUCAACAUGAACAACGUGCUGGUGCGCGUCCAUGGCGAGGGCCCGGAGGAUGUGGAGAUUGUGGCGCUCUUGGAUUGGGAACAAUCGGGAUGGCGGCCUCUAUACUGGGAGGCGAUGAAGUGGAUCUGGCUCACUCGAAAGAGCCCGGCGAUGGAUGCGUGGAGGGAAUUUGGUUGGAAGGUGUUAUCUGGAGGUUAUGAAGACGAUGCUCGGCGCGAGUUCGAGCUCUUUGAGAUAUCAGGGACCCCACCAGACGUCGAUUAGUCUGCACGGGAGUGACAAAAACAUGAUAGACAGUUCAAAGUCCUGUCCCCCGCUGUUGUACGAGCACAAGGAUGUCGGCCACGGAAGCCUGCUCGCUGUUGAACAACAAUCGGCACUUCCAUCUGCGUACUCUUCCGUAUACACCGAGCUUGACGCUAUACGUACAAGGAGAUCCUGUCGCGCCUUCCCCAAUAGAUUGCUGCUGAAUACAGUCGCAAACGCGUGACUAUUGUCUCGCUCGCG